UGCUGGGCGCUCAGCAGUGGAGGAGCCCAGGUGCCCGCCGGCUGGCCCCGAAGAUGUGCGGCUGGCGGCUGCUCCUGCUCUGGGGGCUGCUCCCCGGGGCUGCGGCGGGGGGCUCCGGCAGAACCUACCCGCACCGCACCCUGCUGGACCCCGAAGGCAAGUACUGGCUGGGCUGGGGCCAGCGGGGCAGCAGGGUCGCCUUUCGCCUCGAGGUGCGCACCGCCGGCUACGUGGGCUUGGGCUUCUCUCCCUCCGGGACCAUGGCUGCUGCGGACAUCGUCGUGGGUGGUGUGGCCCAUGGGCAGCCCUACCUGCAGGAUUAUUUUACAAAUGCAAAUAAAGAACUGAAAAAAGACACUCAACAGGAUUACCACUUAGAAUAUGCCAUGGAAAAUAGUACACACACAAUAAUUGAAUUUAGCAGAGAAUUGCAUACAUGUGACACAAAUGACAAGAGUAUAACGGACAGCACAGCAAGAGUGAUCUGGGCCUACCAUCAUGAAGAUGUGGCAGGAGCAGGGCCCAGGUACCAUGAUUCCAAUCGGGGCACCAAGAGUCUACGGUUAUUAAAUCCUGAAAAAACCAAUGUGUUGGCUGUAACAUCACUGUAUUUUGACCUGGUGAAUCAGGACGUCCCCAUCCCAAACAAAGGUACAACAUAUUGGUGCCAAAUGUUUAAGAUUCCUGUGUUCCAGGAAAAACAUCAUGUAAUAAAGGUUGAGCCAGUGAUACAGAGAGGACAUGAGAGCCUGGUCCACCACAUCCUGCUCUAUCAGUGCAGUAGCAGCUUCAAUGAUAGUGUCCUGGACUACGGACACGAGUGUUACCACCCAAACAUGCCCGAUGCCUUCCUCACCUGCGAGACUGUGAUUUUUGCCUGGGCCAUAGGUGGAGAGGGCUUUUCCUAUCCACCUCAUGUGGGAUUAUCCCUUGGAACUCCAUUAGAUCCACAUUAUGUGCUAUUGGAAGUCCAUUAUGACAAUCCAACACAUAAGAAAGGUUUAAUAGACAGUUCUGGACUGAGGCUGUUUCAUACAACGGAUAUAAGAAAACAUGAUGCUGGAGUGAUUGAGGCAGGCCUCUGGGUGAGCCUUUUCCAUACCAUCCCUCCAGGGAUGCCUGAAUUCCGAUCUGAGGGUCACUGCACUCUGGAAUGCCUGGAAGAGGCUCUAGAAGCUGAAAAGCCAAGUGGAAUCCAUGUGUUUGCUGUUCUUCUCCAUGCUCAUCUGGCUGGCAGAGGCAUCAGGCUGCGUCAUUUUCGCAAGGGGGCUGAAAUGAAACUGCUCGCUUAUGAUGAUGAUUUUGACUUCAAUUUCCAGGAGUUCCAAUAUCUACGGGAAGAACAAACAAUCUUGCCAGGUGAUAACCUAAUUACUGAAUGUCGCUAUAACACAAAAGAUAGAGUUGGGAUGACUUGGGGAGGACUAAGCACCAGAAAUGAGAUGUGUCUCUCAUACCUUCUUUAUUAUCCAAGAAUUAACCUUACUCGUUGUGCAAGUAUUCCGGACAUCAUGGAGCAGCUUCAGUUCAUUGGUGUUAAGGAGAUCUAUAGACCUGUCACGACCUGGCCUUUCAUUAUCAAAAGUCCCAAACAGUACAAAAAUCUUUCUUUCAUGGAUGCAAUGAAUAAGUUUAAAUGGACUAAAAAGGAGGGUCUCGCAUUUAACAAGCUUGUUCUUAGCCUGCCAGUGAACGUGAGAUGUUCCAAGACAGACAAUGCAGAGUGGUCGAUUCAAGGAAUGACAGCAUUACCUCCAGAAAUAGAGAGACCUUAUAAAGCUGAGCCUUUGGCCUGUGGAACGUCAUCUUCCUCUUCUCUGAACGAAGAUUUCUCCCUCAAGUUGCUUACAGGCUUCGUGUUUCUCAGCAGCACGCUGAUCACCGAGUCCUUAUGAUUAAUCUAAUUCUGCUGUACUGGGUGGCUUUUUUUUUUUUUUUUUUUUGAGAUCUGCAUCUUCUGAACCUGUUGUUUAAGGUACAGAUUAAAGACUUUUUCCACCUUGGGCAUGAAGAGAUGGCUGUGAAGGGGGUGGAAAGUUUUCAUCUCACUCCC